AUGGCUAUCGGUGUAGCUAUCAUUGGCAGUGGCAACUUUGCUAAAGAGCAACACUUGCCCGCCGUGGAAGCAGUCAAGGAUCUAAACCUCAAGGCUAUUUACUCACGAUCCCUUAAAUCGGCGCAGGAUCUCGCUAGUAACACGACAGACAUCGAUCUCUACUCAGAUGAUUCCGGCGCAGGACGCUCCUUCGCUGAUCUUCUGAAUCGCUCAGAUAUCGGCGCUGUGAUCAUCGGUCUUCCUAUCCUGGUCCAACCAGACUAUAUCCGUCAAGCACUCCUGGCAGGCAAACAUGUGCUCUCCGAGAAACCCAUUGCCAAGGAUGUCGCCACCGCACGCGAGCUUUUGUCAUGGUACAAGAAAAAUAUUGAUACUAGUAAGGUAUUUUGGGCCGUAGGCGAGAACUUUCGAUACUUGACCAAAAUCUUGUUCGCAGCCGAACAAGUCCGACAGAUGGGACAAGUGCGCAAUUUCAGAGUGAACGUGCACAGCCUGGUGAAGCAGGAUAACAAAUAUUACUUGACUGCCUGGCGCAAGACACCAGGAUAUCAGGGUGGCUUCCUCCUAGAUGGAGGUGUACAUAUGAUAGCUGGUCUACGACUGAUCCUGGGCCCCGAGGAGAAGAUCACUACUGUCUCCGCGCACUCACAACUGCAGCAGGAAUACCUGCCUCCGGUAGAUACCGUAGAUGCGGUUUUGAAGACCGAGUCCGGGGCUACCGGUGUCAUGUCUCUGUCGUGGGGCUCUGCGUUCAGUGAUAACAUCUUUGAGUUUUCUUGUGAGAAGGGCGUCGUGAAGAUGCACUUUGAUGGGGUUACAGUCAAUGGACAGGACCAUGCUAUUGAGUUUGAUGGAAAGGGGGUUGUUCCUGAGGUUGCUGAUUUUGCGGCGGCUGUUGUUAAUGGAAGGCCUGUUGCGAAAGGACAGUCGCCUGAGGAGGCAUUGGCUGACCUUGAAGUUUUGGAGCAGAUGCUGCGGAGUGGAGAGCAGGAAGGAGAAAAGAUGGAGGUCCAGUGGCAAUAG